CCAACGAUCAGCAGAACGGCUCUCCGCAGUGAUCAGUUCAGGUCAUGGUUUUUAUAAAUAACAGAGAUGAGUAUUUACCAUUCCUGAAAGCGCCAGGAGUAAGAAUGCAAACUCCUUUGGUUAACAACGUGACGACGACCACUACGACACUAAAUCGAGACGUUGCCGCACAGGUGCAACAGCAGCAGCAACAACAACAACAACAACAACAACAACAGCAGCAGCAGCAGCAGCUUGGCAACUUCAAUAAUAACAACACGACCACAAACAAUAACAACAAUAACACCCUCAUCAAUAACAACAGCAUCAGUGUGAGCGGGUCCUGCGGGACACUGAAUGUUAGCAACAACAUCAACAAUAAUAACAGCAUCAACAACAAUGGUCAGCCGCAGGUUGCCCGGGCAUUGCUUAUCUGUCGUCCAAAUUCGCAUCCGUUUAACAACCGAACACUUUACCUUGAGCCGGGUGCCCAAGCUAAGGUAGGACGGUCGGUGGCGAGAAUUCGCGUGUCGGAAAACAAUGCUAUCUUCGACUGUAAGGUGCUAUCCCGGAAUCAUGCCGUGCUGUGGUACAAAGAAGGUCGUUUCUUCAUCAAGGAUACGGGAAGCAGUAAUGGCACGUUCAUCAACAACUUUCGCCUCAGCCAGACGUGCUCCGAGUCGGAACCGUACGAAAUCAGCUCCGGCGAUAUCGUGCAGUUCGGCGUGGACGUUAUGGAGAAUACGCGGCGCGAAACGCACGGUUGUAUUACGGCCACGCUCAAGCUUUUCCUGCCGGACGGACGGGAAACGAAGGCAAGCCAGAAGGUGGGCAUCGGUGGGCAGAGCGCCAUCAUACCGCCGGUCGAUCUGUACCGAUUAAAUCAGUACAUCCAGGAGGCGAAUCAGCGGGAGCAGAUACUCGAGACGAAGCUGAUUAGCCUCCAGAAGAUGGUCGAAGCGACAAAGCAAAAUUCCUUCCUCGGCUGGCAGGCAAUGGUCGAUGAGGAUCGAUUGCUCAGCCGUAUCGAUAUGCUGGAAAAGAAGCUACAGUACUGCCAGAAGAACAUCACCGAGGAUAAGCUCCACGAGGAGCUGAUGAAGCUGGUACACGAAAAGGAAGAGUAUCAGAACGCGGCCAAAGAGGCUAUGUACAAACUGCACCAGGAGCGGCACGAAGCAGUGCACAAGCAGAUUUCGCUCGAGAAGGCACUGUGCACCAGUGAGGACGAAUGUUCGCUGUUGCGGGAGCAGCUCAACAAAACGAAACAACAGCUGCAGGAAAUGACCAUCUGCAUGGAUACGCUGAAGAACCAGUAUGAUGAGAAGGUCGCUUCGAGUGAGGAGCAGCUGAAAGCGAAAGAGUCCGAAAUUACGAGCCUCACGCACAAGCUGGAUCACUUUGUUGAUGUUUAUGCUAUUGGAUCCUCUGAUGAUGAACAGCAGCAACAACACCAGAUAAACAGCUCGGCCAUGUCAAACUGGCUGAAAAACUCAGAUAUUAAGAAAUUGGAAGGAUCUGAAGACAUAAUUAAGGCCAUUUGUAAUGAUACUGAAAAUGAGAUUACCAGUAGUGAUUACACGGAAGGACUGAAAAAGCUUCAACGACGCAUCAAUACGUUUGAAAAAAAUUUCACCCUGUUGUUCGGAGCAGAUCUGAAGUCGGAAAAUGAAGCAGACGAUUUAGAUAACGAUGCAACGGAACCAAUCGUGUUGACGGGCGCAGCUAAUCCAACAACGGCAACCGUCGGUGUUGCACAAUCCAAAAUCGAUGACCUGGUCGGGGACGCUAGCUCUGCACAAGGAGACGAAAAUGGACCACCAACGCUGCAAGUAGAAUGCGAUGGCAAUCAGAACGAUGUAAACAGCACCACGACGACGACGACGACGACCAUGCACCGUAACGGUGGUGGAGAUGGUAGCGAAGACAACGGAACUAUCCCGACGGAAGCGCACGUUGAUCAGGAUUCUCAACAACAAGCGUCGGAAGGAGAUGGCGCAACGAUACCGGCUUCUGUUGCUGCCCCACCGUACGGUCAAGGAGCGGCGGAUCAGAUGAAUAAAAACAUGCUGAAGCGUAAUCUCCGAUUGAUCAAGAACGACUGUACGACACUGCUGCGACAAGUCGAGCGUACGGUAGCACAGAAGCAAUCGGAACAGAUUAUCCAGAAAACGAAGUACGAUGAGCUGGAGACGGAGCUGUUGGCAUUUAAGGCGGAACUCGAAAGCCGACCGAAGCAGGACGAGCUGGACGAGAAGCAGCAGCUGUGUGAUAGUCUCACCGAAAGUCUUUCGCAUCUACGACACGAGGUGGACGAGCUGCGUACGCUGAACGAUCGCUGUCAACUCGAGAUGGAGCGCAUGGAGGUUGAGCUGCUGAAGCAGAAAAACAUCGAAAACGAAAAGAUAAGUGCAAUGGCAGCGGCAGCAGUAGCUCACGAGUCCUCGGAGAACGUAUCGAUUAUGGUUAAGGAAGAACAUGAAUCCAGCCCGAAUGAGAAGGAAAAGGAGCGGUCGACAGAAACGGAAUCGACGGUCAAGGAUGAUGCUGAGGCCGAAAGUCCACAUGCACGGCAGCAGGAGUUGUUGAUGAUGCCGACGACGUUGUUGGUUGUGACGGACAAUGCUCCGAUGGCGGAAAUGCCCUCGCCGGUUCUAAUACCCACCGUGCCGAUGGUGGACGUGGAAACGCAAACCGAUGUACUUCCGGAUGUGCCUACCGUGGUGCAGUCGUCCGCGUGCAUGCCAGUACCAGUUCUACCUCUAGCCGUAACCGUUACAUCCAGCACCGAUACGAGCGAUGGUGGCGAUAUGUCGAUCUGCUCGAAUCUGGAGGAUCUGGAUAAUGAUGACGAUGACGAUGAAAAGACGGAAACCAUCGAAACGACCGCAAUUUAUAGUGCACAACAUCAUGCGCUGGACAUGUUGCGAAACACAAUCGACGCACUACCGAGCGGUGUUAGUAACGUGGAGGACGAUGGCCAACUCUGUGACGGUAGCAGUAGUAAAAAUGGCGGAACGACUUUCCUGAAUACUGUGGACGAUGCCACCGGUAAUGGAGCGAUCCUGUCCGGGACGACGACAGUCGCCAAUAAUGCCAUCGACUACGAGCUGGCCAUGAUCAACCAUCCGGAUGUGCAGCGUGAGGAGGAACUGGUUGCCUUUAAGGAAAAGUACUCCCAUCUGAGCGAGGAAAACGUGAGGCUCAAUCAGAAACUACAACAGCUGACGAACGAUAUGAGUCAAUCGCGACAGUGGUUCGCACUGCAGAUCGCUGCCUGCAUCGUUCCGGUGGUGGCCAUCUUCUUCUACAUGCUGACAGGUACACGCUCGUAA